AUGCUACCUGAUGAAGAUCGUGUCAUGCAUACAGCAUCUUCGCUUGCUUUCAAUGAUGCACAGUGGCUCGAACAAGAGAAGGGUAUUAAGUACGUCUACCACAAACUAGUGACUCGAGACCUAGCUCAUAGACUAGGAGUAAAAAUGGUACGCAGCAAAAUCUUGAAUAAACACAGGGUAAAUCCAAAACCAACGCUACCGGAGGGUGAAACGUUUGGCCAGCGUGAGGAACUGACAACUAGAAUCCAAGGCAUACUGAAGGAUUACCCAUUUGAUGUGACCAUACUCAAGGAACUGCUUCAGAAUGCAGAUGACGCCAAGGCUACAAAGAUGUACGUCAUCUUAGACAAAAGGACCCAUGAAGGAGGGUGUUUAUUGUCUGAGGAAUGGCAGGAUUUACAGGGUCCCGCCCUGUUGGUGUGGAAUGAUAGUGUAUUCUCUGAAACAGAUAUUAAAGGAAUUCAGAAGCUGGGUAAAGGAAACAAGCAAUCAAAUGCGGAUACCAUUGGUCAGUAUGGGAUUGGCUUUAAUUCUGUCUAUCAUCUUACAGACUGCCCUAGCCUUAUAACAGCUGGUUCACUGUGUAUAUUUGAUCCCCAUUGCAAGUACACCCCUGAUUCUUCUGUUACAUCUCCCGGAGAGAAAUUUAAUUUAACUGAAAGGUUUUGGUCCCACUUUCCAGACAUGAAGCCAGCUUACUUGCAGUGUAAUCUGAAUGGUCCAUCAGAGUGCAUGGAGAUUCGCAGUGGGUCGCUGUUCCGUUUACCUCUCAGAUACACUCAAGAGCUUGUUGAUGCCUCGGAAAUUGUGAAUACAAAGUUGGAAGUGUUUGAGGAGGUUGUUUCUGCCAAAAAAAAUGCACGAGUUUCUCGGGAGGUGGGCUCCACAAAUGAAGCAGUCAAUGUUCUUUCUUAA